AUGCGCUCCCUCUUUUCCCGCUCCCCCGAUCUCGAAGGCGGCCAAAAUCACAACGUCUACAAAAAAGGGUUCACAGGCGACCAUCGCGGUCGCUCCCAUAUCCCACCCACCCCCUCUCCCCUCUUCUCUCCCCACUCCAUACGUUCUCCGUUCAGUGUUCCGUCUGCAGCUUACAGACACGAUACGAUUUUUCGACCGCCGCCCAGUCCGAGUCCCAAGAGUGGUACGUUUAGUGAGAGAUCGGGGAGUGCUCCUGUAAAUCAUGCUGCGAAUGUGGGGAGUAGACUGGGGGAAAAAACACAUCUGGAUUUGGAUCAGGAACAACUUUCUCGUCUUUACGAGUAUUUGUGUGGGUUUUCGGUGAGAGGAAUGGGAACUGAAACUGGGAUUCCUCAGGCGCAGAGAGGAAGAAGAGGAUUCAGCAUGAGCGAUCCAAAUGAUCGCGAUCGUCCUCUUCAUACUGCUCCUACUUCCAUACCCAUACCCAUACCUACAUCUACACCUCCACCUCCACCUCCUCUUACUCCCACACCCAUCCCUCUUUCUCCACACUCCCGACUCAAAAAAAACUUCAAGCACAAGGUUGCCGAACAGCACUUUCGACGGAAUAAAGAUGGAAAUGCGGGGGGUAGUCAUGAACAUGAACAUGAAUACGAUGUGUUACUUGGGGAUGAAGAUGAAGAGAAGAAUGUGGAGAAGGAGAUGCAGUAUCAAACGCGGAUUUUUAGGGAGGCGGUGAGGGAAGCGUUGAGUGGAGAGGGGAAAAAACAAAGAAGAGGUGCAAGUGAGGGGGUAAGAGAAGGUGGGUUUUCGGGACCGGUAGAGAAGGGGAGAGAGAGGGGAAGGGAAAGGAUAGAAGAAAGCCUGCCCAGGGAUUUGGGAGAGUUUUUGGAGAAAUAUGAUCCUAGGCCAGAGGAUCUGCCAGAUGUAUAUCCAAUGGGAGAACAUAGAGCAAUGCUCCGCACAAUGUAUUUGGAGGAUAUUUUGCACGCGACGGCGAAAUUGCAUAUGCAUAAUUGGAUUUUGCUGAGUCGGAAUGAGAUGUAUGAUGAUUUGCGUAUCCCCGCCCGCUGGGACCAAAUCCAAGAAGAUCUCGAAAAAUACAGUGGAAGCAGCAUCCUCACCCCCAUCAGCAUUCUCCUUCUCUGGCCGGGAGGCAUAUCCAAAACAGGCGGUGUAGGAAUUAUCGGUGUCAGCGUGGCGAUUAUGGGAAUAAUACUCGUAUGGAUUGUUAAUGGAGAGGGAGAGAAAAAGAAUGGAUGGGAGGGAAUUAAGGGGGAGAGGGAUAGAGAUGGAGAUGGAGAAAGGGGAGUUUUGGGAAGAGAAUGGGGAAUGAAAGAUGUAAUGCUAGUUUUGGGAGCGUAUGCGGGGGUUUUGGGGGUCUUUUUGGGGGUCGCGAUUGUUUAG